GAAAGACUUGGGCGGAAAGUGACUCAGCUGGAAGGAGUUUCUAAAGCGGAGCUGGAGUUUGUUCAGAUAAUCAUAAUCGUGGUGGUGAUGAUGGUGAUGGUGGUGGUGAUCACGUGCCUGCUGAGCCACUACAAGCUGUCUGCCCGCUCCUUCAUCAGCCGGCAUAGCCAGGGCCGGAGGAGGGAAGACGCCCUCUCCUCGGAAGGAUGUCUGUGGCCGUCGGAGAGCACAGUGUCGGGCACUGGCAUCCCAGAGCCACAGGUCUAUGCCCCGCCUCGGCCUGCCGACCGCCUGGCCGUGCCCCCCUUCGCCCAGCGGGACCGCUUCCACCGCUUCCAGCCCACGUACCCAUACCUGCAGCACGAGAUCGACCUGCCCCCCACCAUCUCACUGUCAGAUGGGGAGGAGCCUCCGCCCUACCAGGGCCCCUGCACCCUCCAGCUGCGGGACCCCGAGCAGCAACUGGAGCUGAACCGCGAGUCAGUGCGCGCACCCCCCAACAGAACCAUCUUCGACAGCGACCUGAUGGACAGCACCAUGCUGGGCGGCCCCUGCCCCCCCAGCAGUAACUCGGGCAUCAGUGCCACGUGCUACGGCAACGGCGGGCGCAUGGAGGGGCCACCCCCCACCUACAGCGAGGUCAUCAGUCAUUACCCUGGGUCCUCCUUCCCGCACCAGCAGAGCAACGGGCCACCCUCCUUGCUGGAGGGGACCCGGCUUCACCAUGCACACAUCGCCCCCCUAGAGAGCGCAGCCGUCUGGAACAAAGAGAAGGAUAAACAGAAAGGACACCCUCUCUAGGGGUCCCCAGGGGGGCCGGGCUGGGGCAGCCGUAGGUAAAAAGGCAAAACACUCCGCACUUCUUAAAAGAGAACAGAGAGGAGGGCAGGGUGACACACAGAAAAUGCAGCGUGUGGCCAUCCUCUCCCACCUCCCGUGUAUAAAUAUUUACAUGUUAUGUCUGGUCUGAAUGCACAAGCUGAGAAAGCUUGCAAAAAACCACGUUUCUUUGUUGAGCUGUGUCUUGAAGGCAAAAGAGGAAAAAAGAAUUCUGCAGUAGUCUUUUUUGUUUCUAGUUGAGCUGUGUGCGUGAAUGCUUAUUUUCUUUUGUUUAUGAUGAUUUCACUUAACUUUAAAGACAUAUUUGCACAAAAUCUUUGUUUAAAGAUCUGCAAUAUUAUAUAUAUAAAUAUAUAUAAAGUAAGAGAAACUGUAUGUGCGAGGGCAGGAGUAUUUUUGUAUUAGAAGAGGCCUAUUAAAAAAAAAAGUUGUUUUCUGAACUAGAAGAGGAAAAAAAAUGGCAGUUUUUGAGUGCCAACUCAGAAAGUGUGUAUUACCUUGUAAAGAAAAAAAUUACAAAGCAGGGGUUUAGAGUUAUUUAUAUAAAUGUUGAGAUUUUGCACUAUUUUUUAAUAUAAAUAUGUCAGUGCUUGUUUGAUGGAAACUUCUAUCAUGUCUAUUGAGACUUUAAGGGAGAAAUGUUGGAAUUUCAGAGUCAGUGUCAGGUGGGGGGUGAGCUCCCUGUGGAGCCUGGAGAGAGGCUGGGCCAGGGAAGGGCAGGCUUCCCCCGGGGCCGCUUUCCCUGCAGAGUGGAUCCUUCUGCCUAGUGAUAGGUUCUUGCCAUGUCAUACAUUCCCUACUGAAGGAGACACGUUUUUCCCCCCUGGGCCAGAACAGCCUUUGGAUCACAAGCAAAAUAGGAAAGUUACCACAGAGACACCAAGUUCCAGGUGGUAGUUUUGCCUUUCCCGAAAUAAACUGUUACCGAAGGAAUCUGAGUUUUUUCCUCCUCUUUUAUUUUCACCAUGAAGGUCUCUGUGGGAAGGAGCAAGGUGUUCCUUGCAAGUGGCAGCUGCUCCCGUGCAAGUGUCAGGGACUCAUGAGAGGGAGUGAGAUGGCUUGUUCGUGCACAGGGCUCUGGUGGCGAUUCAGCUGGCUCCAGCAUUUAUUGGCUAAGGUUGGUGCAUUACACUGGCGUAUAGGAAAGGCCCAAAGUAUUAGCAAUUUGACCUCGUCCCUGUCCGUUUCCCUUUACGUAUCGAGUCUCACCUGAGAGGCCAACAAUAAACAGACCACCUGAGAUGAAAAGGCGACAAGCGCAGGUUUCUCCCAGGACAUGUGAAAGGGUUAAAAUGAGAAAAGCAGUCAAACCACCCCAAACCCAUGCUUCAUGCUUUGGAAGCAGAAUUCUUUACCUCCUCUCCUAUAUUUUCAUUCCUUUCCCCCAUGGAAACGAUCAUUUUCGAUGUCUUUAUCUAUCUGUGAUUUCAUCUGCAUGUUUGUCAGACUCAACGCUUGUUUACCAGGUUUUUACUGAAUAGGUGUGGAAUUGGCGGGACCGUUUGGUGGGUGCGUCAAGAAGCAGCAGGAACGGGCACAUAAAUAGAGGUGACAGAAGGAGUGGGGUGGGGUCCUUUGGGAUCUACCAGGGACAGUGGCUGGAGCUCGAGGUCUUUCCUCCCCACUGCAGACUUGCUAGCAUUCCUGUCCCAGCAGGAGGAGCAGACCCCCACUGCCACCCACUUCUGUCCCAGGCAAGUGUCUCCUCAUUUUGGGCGGAACGCUAACUAGUAGACUAACAUAAAAGAAAGAUAUGGGAGGUAAUGACUAUUGUUUGUAAUAGCAACUUUUCUAUUACUUGAAAAACAAAAACCUGAGACCAGUUUUGAAGUUCUGACCAUUUGAACUCUAUUUAUAUAUAUAUAUAUAUGUAUAUUUUAAGAACCUGUGACCAACAGAGCUGGGAGUCAGUGCUGCCCUGCUCGGCAGAACGUUCCUGUACCUUGACAGUAGCAGAACCUGCCUCCCCAUGGUGUCUUCAGCUUACAAUUUGUUUCUCUCUGGAGGAGGAUUCUUUGAAGAGAUCAUGCAGAGAAAUCAAUACAGUUUGUCCUGAAGGUACAGGGACACACUUAACAAAGAUUUUUCCAACGUAUCUUUCCUUUAUGUGAAGUGUCUCUAGUGCCUUACUGAGGAAGCAGGAACCCUCUUGUCGUGGGGCAGGGGAUGUUCCCGGACUGCGCCUCCCUCACUCGGGACUGGUGUCCCCUCCCCUGGUCUGAAAAGGGCUACUGCUUCUUUGCAAACAUCCCCAUCGCCUUGUCACGUCCCCAAUCUCCUGCCAUGGAUGUGCCUAGUUUGGUGAGCGUCCCUCUCCCCAUCUCUCCAGCCUCUUUUGUCCAGGACUGUGCACAACUCCCAUCUGGGUCAAAAACCUAGAAGUAGACCUCAUUUGUGUGAGUGGCAUCCACCAAAAGCCAGGCCGAAGUGUUCCCAAUGUCCUUGAGCCAAACUGUUUGAGCCAUGUUGCCUCACGGUAUGGUCUGUGUUUGCUGUAUUUGCUGGAGUUGAGGAAGAAGGAGGGGAGUGGGUUACUGACCCCAGCUGGCUGGAGAGCAGAGCCCACCCCUCUGAGUACAAGCCAGCGCUGAAGUGUCCCUGAGCUUCAUGCCCAGUGGUGACAGUUGCAGAAGGGCAUCAGGGAGUGGCUUGUCAGAGGCAGGGCGUGUCACAAGAAAACCGGCGGGGUGUUUAUCUGGAAACUCCUGCCAGAGCUCAGCUCUGGUCUUUUCUGCUGGACCCCAGAGGUCCAGGGUGCAUUCUUGCCUCCAGAUGAUGGUGGUUGUGUCACUAUCUUUAAACACCCCUGGAGCACCCCUCAGGAGGAAGUUAGGAGGGGUCCUCAGAAGUGGCUGGUUGGAGGGGGACCAGGUUGGUUUCAGGUUUCCAUCCCAGGUUCAGAGAAGAUGGCAACGCUCAGUUUUCUCCAGCUCUCUCAUUUUUUCCCUCUUAUUCAAUCACCACAUUUCCUCCGGAGGAAAAUCAUUUCUCCUGCAAAGCCUGGGUUUACACAGAUGGACUCAGCGAAUUGCACUAAGGACCAUCCGUGUUCCCAAAAAGCCCUGUGUUUGUGCACAGAAUUCACAGCAACCCCUCUCCCCACGUGGAGCAAAAAACUAGGGCAGGGUGAGAACCGGAUCCAUUUCCUGUCCCUGUUGGGUGUCCCUGUGAAUUGUAUGUUUCAGAGAAUAUUUUUUUUCCUGCGUGCAACUCAAAGCUUCCAGAUCCAUAAAACAUCCUGAUGGUAAGGAAAUAAUGUUUUGUUUUGUUUUGUUUUCUGGAAACUGCGCUUGAAGUUUUGCUGUAGUAUAGAGCUCAGAAGGCCAUGCCGCGCUCUCCUUUGCCUGCCUGAUCCCAUGAUCGUUGUGCUGAUUACAAUGCUUUUACGUUGUGUUCUCGGCGCCGGAACCACGCUCCUUUGCAGCCCUGUUCCCCGAGUUCUGUUCCAGUUAAACUUAUGUAAGCUCUCCGUGGCCCGCCGAGUGCAGCCGCCACGUUGCUGCUGUGUAAGACUCUGUAUCUGGACGCCAAUCCACAGGCCUGAAGAAAUUGCUUGUUGUAUCAGUAAUCAUUAGUGGCAAUGAUGACUUUCUGAAAAGCUGCAAUACUUAUACAAUAAAUUUUACAAUUCUUUGGAA